UUGACUUUGUUCUGGUCCAUAUGGGUUUAGGGGUUUUGUAAAAAGGAAAUUCUCAUUAGGGUUUAUGCCCAUUUUCCCUCCAGGAAAAAUAAAAGUUACAGUCUUUACACAAAUUCAAUUCAACCAACCCCUUUUCAUAAUUCAUCAUACCCAUAUCAAAUUUGAUCACUUUUUUACUGCCAGCCCCUUAAAUCUAUCAUGGGUAAUUUUCCCUCAAAAUCCUCUAAUUUGUUUGUGUUGUUAGUUCUCCAAGAAUGAGUCUUUUUGCAGUUCCAACAAAAAAGUUAUGUAAAAAAGUUAAAUCAUUUAGUCAAUUUAUGUCGUUUUGUUCGACAUCAUCUUCUGUUGUUAAAUCAUUUGAAAUUGCAGAAUAUAAUAAUUUACAUUGCCAAGAUUAUGGUGACUUGAGAGGAAAGAUGCAAAGUUUCGCUAUGUAUGGUGAUGUUCAGAAUUCGCUAGAGGUUUUUCGUUCUAUGAGAAUGUUGUCUGGUAAGCCAAAGAUAUACGAUUAUAAUGCUAUGUUAGAUUGUUAUUUGAAGUCAAAAAAUGUAUGUUUACAUGAUAUUUCUGCAUUAUAUUGGGAGUUGAAAACAGUUAGAUUAGACCCGAAUGCGAUAACUUUUAAUACACUUUUGAAAGGGUUGAGUAUCUUAAAUGAGUCGAAAGCUUCUCUUUUGGUUGUACUGGAAAUGCGUAAUCAUGCGUUUAUACCUUCGUUUAGUGCUUUAUCCAUUGUUUUGAGGAAAUGCUUGGGUUUUAUGGAGCUAGUUGAUGCAAUUAGUGUGGUGAAUUUGAUGUUGGAGUUGAAUUACAUUCCUACUGAACCGAAAUUUGCGUUGCUGAUUAAGAGUCUUAGUAGAUGUGGAAUGACCAGGGAUGCUUGUUUAGUGUUUUUUAAGUUAUUGGAAAAAGGGUGUUUUCAGAGCGCGUAUAUUUAUAACCCAAUAUUAUGGUCUUUAUGUAAGUCAGAUCAGAUUAAGGGUGCAUUAGCAUUGUUUUGUUUUUUGACGAAGAAGGGUCUUGUACAUAAUGUGUGUUCUUAUACUGCUCUGGUAUACGGGCUUGGUAAAAAAGGGUUAUUUAAGGAGAUUUCUCGAUGUUUAAUGAUAAUGGAAGCUGAGCCUGGAUGUUAUCCGAAUGUGAAAACAUACACCACAUUUGUUAAAAGUUUGUGUGAUUAUGGUAGGAUAAAGGACGCGUUAGUUUAUUUGGGAAAAAUGGAAAAACUUGGGUGUAAUCCAGAUGUUGUUACCUAUAACAUAAUUAUCCGUGCACUUUCUCGACAAAAUAUGGUUCUUGAAAAGGGUGUUUCACCAGUUCAGUAUACAGCUACUGCUCUAUCAACACUCCUCAAAAGGGGUAACAUAGGAGUUGCACACAGCCCUUUACUUGAUAAUCCAACUUUAUAUUUCAAUACUUUAUAUGAAAAGGGUAUUUCUCCAGAUCGGUAUACGGCUACUGCUCUAUCAGGAUUUCUCAAAAGGGGUAGCUUAGGAGUUGCACGCAGCAUAGAAUUUGCACGCCGCCUUCUACAGCAUAUUGUUUCGAGUAGCGUUGAUUUGGAUGUUGCAGUUUAUAAUGUGUACUUAUACUGUCUGUGCCAUGCCCGCAAACCAAAAGAGUUGUCAUCUUUGUUUGAAUGUAUGAUAAAAAAUGGUAUCAAGCCAAACAAUAUAACAUUCAACAUCAUAUUGAAGUGGUUUUGCGAGGUGAAAUCUAUGGAUGAAGCUCUGGAGUUUUUUGAACGUGUUGAGUGGCCUGAAAAGGGGCUUGAUUUAGUAUCAUUUAACACGAUAUUGUUUGCUGCUUGUAAGAUGGAUGAUUCUUCAAUGUUUUGGAGGAUUAUUGACUUAAUGGAAAAAAAAGGGAUUAAGUUGAAUGUCGUGGGUUUGACUUGUUUAAUGCAAUAUUAUUGCAAUACUGGGAAAAUUGAUGAUUGCUUAGAGGUUUUUGAAUAUAUGAUUUCUCAUGGUCCACUUCCCUCGGUGGUGACAGUUAAUACCCUUAUGGCGAGUCUUUGCAAGAAUCAUUUACUUGGAGCAGCCUAUUGGAUUUUUUGUAAUCUGAAGAAUUAUGGAUUGUCUCCUGAUGCGAGAACUUAUGACAUCCUUAUACGGGCUGCUGUGAAUGAAAGAAAUUAUCUUCUGGUAACUGAAUUAGAAAGUAAACGUAGGAUGCCGGAGUGAACCCCACAUGAUUUAAGAUAGAUAAUUACAACAUUUGAUUGAUGAUCUAAUUGUUGGGAAAUAACAAAAUGAUAAGCCUUUCACUGAUUGCUGUUAUGGACGAAUUUCGUUACCCGCAAAUUUGAAAGAUUGAAGCAGGUAUUAGAUUCAUGGCAGGUCCGAUUUAUAAUUCAUGGGUGUUUCAAUCAGUGGAAGAACCCUUCAGAACUCGUCAAUUUGAAGAUACCAAGUUAAACAUGUAUUUGAUCUUACAACAUUGGUCAUAAGCUGACAGUGAACAACAAAAUGAUGCAGAUAUAGAUUUUGGCAUCGAGAAUGAUGCAGAGUUACACUUUUAUGAAUCUACAUGUGAAGGACUUUUGUAGAAUGGGAAAGUUGGCAAGUUGUUUCGGAGUGGACAUAGUUUUUGGGACAAAAUAUAAUAGAAUGACGGAGAGCUAUUUUUGGAAGGAGUGAGUACAAGCUAGGUGAUGAUUGACAUUACUGUCUAUCCUAAGCGAUGUUAAUUUUAAUGCAGCUCUCAGCAUCCCGAUUCAUGCCCAAUUGGCCAAUGCACUCAGUUAACAGCAUGAAGAGAUCCUUAUUUUUUUUUUUGCUUAUAUCGUUGAGGCGGGCGGUUGUGUGGCAGAUGGACACAAGAGACUGUGAUGAUAGGAACCCUUGACUACUUGCUAUAUAAAAGCAGCGGCAAAGCGCGUCAAUCUUCAUAGUUCCAUUCAUUGUAGAAACUAGAGGGAGUAACUUCAGUAUUUUGCACAAGGCGUUACAAGACCACCAAGGACCUUUCUGCAUGCAAUUUUACCAUAUAUUUUUUUUUCUUUCACAAAGCAUUUUAGUUAUAUAUGUACAAUUCAAUUUCACCAUAUUUUAGCAAAGCUCUAAUGGAAGAUAGCCAAGAAUACAUGCUGACACUAAUUUAGCCAAUGAUUACAUAGUUCCAUCAGAUUUUUGUUCUUUUUUA